AUGAAGGAGGUAGUGAUAAUGCACUGGGCAUGUGCUAAGAUAACUGCGUCAUUGGCAAUACCCGAUACUACUCUUCUAGAGAUUCUGCUUGAUAAGUUAAAACUGUGCAAAAGCAUAUCCUAUGCAGCAGUUGCGGCUCAUGCAGACAAAAAUGGCCGCCGAAAGUUAGCUGCUUUGCUUGUUGAACAUGAACCCCGUUCUUCUAAACAGGUUCCUCUCCUGUUGAGCAUAGGAGAAGAAGAUAUAGCCUUGAUGAAGGCAACUGAAUGUGGUGAUACAGACCUAGUUUACCUUAUACUUUUUCAUAUUUGGCAAAAGAGGCAGCCAUUGGAGUUUUUUGGAACUAUACAGGCCAGACAAUUAGCGCGUGACUUAUUUAUAACUUAUGCACGGUGCUAUAAACAUGAAUUUUUGAAGGACUUCUUCUUAUCCACAGGGCAACUUCAAGAUGUGGCAUUUCUAAUUUGGAAAGAAUCAUGGGAACUUGAAAAAAAUCCCAUGGCAAGCAAGGGAUCUCCACUUCAUGGUCCUCGAAUAAAACUUAUUGAGAAGGCACAAAAUCUUUUUGCCGAAACCAAGGAACAUACCUUUGAAUCAAAGGCAGCUGAGGAGCAUGCAAAACUUUUAAGAAUCCAGCAUGAACUUGAAGUGACUACAAAGCAGGCCAUUUUUGUGGAUUCUAGUAUAAGUGAUACAAUCCGGACUUGUAUUGUCUUGGGAAAUCAUCGAGCUGCACUAAAAGUGAAAACAGAAUUUAAGGUGUCUGAGAAGAGAUGGUAUUGGCUUAAGGUAUUUGCAUUGGCCACAAUCAAGGACUGGGCUGCUUUAGAAAAAUUUUCAAAGGAGAAAAAACCUCCAAUAGGUUAUAGGCCAUUUGUGGAGGCAUGCAUUGAAGCAGAUGAAAAGGGAGAAGCUAUUAAAUAUAUCCCUAAACUUGCAGACCCUCGAGAAAAAGCUGAGUCAUAUGCCCGAAUUGGUAUGGCUAAGGAAGCUGCGGAUGCUGCUUCACAGGCAAAAGACGGUGAAUUGCUUGGUCGUUUGAAAUUGACGUUUGCGCAAAAUGCAGGAGCUUCAUCAAUAUUUGAUACUCUUCGAGAUAGAUUGUCUUUCCAAGGUGCUUCGUGA